GAACAGCCGAAGUAGCCGCCAUAUUGGAAUUUCAGCUGGCUGACAUUCUCGGGUGAAAAAAUCUGUUCUUUCUCAUUUUCCGAACAGUUCGUUGUGAAUAAGUGAAAAUUAAGGAAAUUUUCGAAUUUCUAAAGAUCUUUUGCUGGUUAAAAGCAGCCACAAGGAAGGGGAAAAUACGCGGCAGAGGGAGGGUUGUUGUUGGCAAACAAAUAAGAGCGAUUAGCGCGCCGCUUUGUUGUUGCGGCGGCCAGCGCGUUGUGUGAUUUUUGCAGAAAGUUGGCAUUUUUCGUAGAAUUUUGCACGUGGAACAGGACUAGGGACCAGGAGCAGGAGCAGGCCACAUCAUGAGUACUCCGGGAGGCAGCGAUGUGGCGUUGGUGAAGGCGGCAACACCAUCGCCCUCGCCACUAACGAAGAUAGAUGUGGAGUACACGGGCUCCAAGUUCGAGAUGCAUGCUUCGCUGUCGGAGGAGGAGCGUCGCUUCUACCUGAAGAUGUAUCCCAACGUGGACAUUGUCAACCAACGCCGAGUACACUGCACCGUGUGCCGCCAGCAUUUGGGCACCGCCCUUGCCGCCGAGAACAACAUCAAAAUGCAUCCCAUACUGCGCGUGACGCACUGCGUCAAAUGUCACGACUUCUACAAUAGCGGGGAGUUCUCCAAGGGUGAGGAUGGCUCAGAGCUGUACUGCCGCUGGUGCGGGCAGGGCGGCGAGGUCUACUGCUGCUCCACCUGCCCGUACGUCUUCUGCAAGUCGUGCAUCGUGAAGAACCUGUCCAAGGGCGUGAUUGUGGACAUAGAACAGAACGAGCACUGGAACUGCUUCAACUGCACAUCGAAGAUCCUCUGGCCAUUGCGGGCUCAGCACUGGGCGCUGGUCAACUACAUUCAGUCGACGAAAAAAGCUCUACAAUCUAUGCAGAUGCCCGAGCUGGAAGCCCGCCGCCAUAUGCUUAAGGACAACACCAGCUGCUGUCGCUUGGCCAAGUCAAAGGCCACCAGUCUCUCGGACUCCAUGGAGAGCCUGGAGUCCAAUGCAUCGAGACGCAGCCAAGGCAGCUUGGCGAACGCGGUCAAGAGAGCACUCCCGUCCAAGCCGAGUCCGGGACCAACGACAAAACGCCCCAAAUCCUCAAAUGACGAGGUGGUCUGUACACCCGAUCUGCUCAGUAUGCUGGAGCCGGACUGCCAGCUCUCCAUGCUCCCCAAGCCACCGAACCGUCAGCCGGGGCCAGCAUCUAGUAUCACCACCACCCCAAGGAUUGUCACCGUCCAGCAGAACUACACGGGACCCAGUCCCAGCAGUGGCACCACCAGCAAUGGUAGUGGCUCCUCCGCCUCAAUGGGAGCGCCACGCGGCAGCCUGCCACCGCCCUUAGUGCUCACUGGUUCAGGGAUUCGUUAUCGUCAGAGUUCUCCUGGCAAUGUCACGAAUGUGCGACGCACUGUGGUGCCCAAUGUGGUCCGGAACAGUGGCCCUGUGUUCCACACCAUCAACGGGUUCCGUGUGGAUUUGAACAGUGCUGCCCAACAGGACUCCUACCGCCUGCCCAAUGGACGACUGAUUCAAGUUAAACGCCAGAUGCCGUUGGCCAACCAACCGGCAGGAGGAUCAACCGCUCCAACGUCACCGAUUGUCAUCCCUCCCAUGAACCCGGGUGUGGUUAUACGUCCGCGAGGCCCGCCUACAGUUGGCAGGCCGCCGACGCAGGGCAAUAAUAAUUUUGGCAACAACAUGGGCAUCUACAAUCCGCAGAUUAAUCAGCAGCAGCGAGCACCUCAAGUUGUGCGAAUUAGCCAAAGCCAGGCGGCAGCACCACCAUCGCCAGCUCAGGUCCCAGCCUCGAAUGUCAAUGGGAGUGGUGGUGGUGGUGGACAGACGCUGAUGAUUACUCCCGUGCCCGGUCCGGCCAAGACUCCAACUCUAGUGCGUCACAAUUUCCCCAACACAACACUGGGACAGGCACGGUCACAGUUGCAGGAGCAGAUCUUCAGCGCCAUGGACAUUUGCACCCAUCUCACCGGCAAGGUGGUGUCCCUCACCCACUCGAAUGCGUAUAACCAGGUCCGGAAUUACAUAGAUCUCAAAGAAUUGUAUAUUCACAUGUCCUACCUGAUGACGUACGCCAUCGGGCGGUUCAAGCAUCUCCAGGAGAAGUGCCUGGUGGAUAUGCGGGAGAUGGGCUUCAAGAAUGAUGCCAAUAGUCUGGAGAACGGACAGCUGGCUGCCGAAAAACAAGCCAGCGAUGACGAAGACAACGAAAUUGAGAUUGUAGAGCCCAAAACGGAUACCAUUACCAUUGAUUCCGAUAACGAGGAUGAUACUCCCUCGACCUCAACGCAACAAAAGGCCAUGAUGAAGAUUGUCUCGGUAACAUCAGCGGCUCCUAAGAAGGAGCUCAGUGAAAACCAAGCUGAUAUCGAUGUGGCUGCCUUUAGCUCCACGAUCUUGGCCAGCCUGCUGGAAGUCGACAUACACGAGGGAGGCACCACCGGUGAUCCAAAGUCCAUUUCCCCUGGUCAGAAGAAGCAGCCGCGCAAAAAGACCACAAAUAAACCGAAUCCAGCUCUACUGCAGCUGGAACGCCAACGAAUGGAGGAGAUGAAGCGUUCCGAUGCCAAGCUGAAAAAGAAGUGUAGGGUGAAGCUGCGACGAGCUGAGGAAGACUUUGAAGUGGCGCGUAAAUGGGUGGAGAGAAACAGGAAGGGGGAUCAGGAGCAGGCUACAGACAUUGCGGAGGCAUCGCUAGCCGAGGCUCCAAGUGAAAAGGUUGUGGAGGAGUCUAAGGACGUUCCCCAGCCUCUAGAAAUUGAGGUUCAACUAAUUGCUUUGUCUCCAGAAAAGGAAUCCCCGAACAAGGACAGAGAGUCUGAAGACUCGGAGAUAAAAGGGUCCGGUAAGGAAACUCCUUCUGAAGCCAAGGAUAAAGAUAAAAUUGGGGAAAUGUUAAAGGCAGCUAUAAAAGCCAAGAUAACACAGAAAGCACAAAGAGGAGAAGGAAGAACGGAAGAGCAAGAAGAGAUGGUAACAGAGGAGGACAAGGCUGCAGAGGAAGAGGUUAAAGGAGUCAAAGAAAAGGAAACAAACUUGGAGAAAGGAUCAGAAAAGGAUAGUCUCAAUGAGGAUGUAAAGGAAUCCAACUCGGAAUCCGAAAAGGUGACAGAAAAAGAAAAGGCUGAAGAUAAGGACAAGGAAGAAGUUAAACAAAAGGUAGCAGAAAAAGAAAAGUCUAAAGAGCAGGAUAAGGAAGAAGUGGUUUCAGAAAAACAAAAGCCAGUUGAGAAAGAAAUGAAGCUCCAGUCUAACAAUACUUCAGAGACAGAAACAGAAAAGGUCCUAGAUCCAGUAUCAUCUGAGGAAAAGGAACCAAGGCAGUCCAAAAAAGAACAAAACAAAAAGGAUAAUGAAACAGCAACCUUGUCCGAAAAAAGCCCAAAAACCUCUCCCUCAGAUGAAAAAGCUAAGAAAAAACCUACUGAAACUAUCUUAGAUGAAGUGUCCACCGAAGCAGCAUCUCCUCCAGAGGCAGAACCGAGCCAAGCUGAAAAUGAAGUUGUAACAGAAGAAGUAAUUCCGCAAGGUGAACCACUUCCAAAGCAAGACUCCACCGCGGAUCUUGUAGAAACCAUGGACACUACUCCUGAUAAUGAGGAGCCCUCGGCCGCUGAGCUUGUGGAAAGCAUGGAUGUGAUUGAACUAGACGAACCGCCCAAGGAAUUACUCGAUUGUGCCAUAGACGAAGUGAUUGCCAUGGAUGGCAUCGAGCUGAGUUCUGCCACCGAAGAGCUGAUGAAAGCCUUGGCCAGUAGUUCGGAAAAUGUCACUGAUUUGGAUGCUGAUGAACUAAUAGAAACCCUGCCACUGGAAACUACAGAGCCACCUGAGAUCCUACUCAAAGAAGACGACAAUGGAGAGACUGAAAAGGGACAGGCACCUGCGAUCAACAGCAGUGAGAACGGUCAGGCCAGUGAGCCCACCUUAACAGAAGAUGUGCCCGCCACGGGGCAGAUACUGGGCUAGUUUGUGGUGAUCAUUCGAGGUCCUCCCACAGCAGGAAAAACCUAACGCAAGGACCUUAACAGACGAAAGACAAAGCACAUUUUGUACAUUAAUCAUCGUAGAUCUACGAUUCUAUUGAACAUAUUUGUUUACUUUUAAAAUUUUCUUGUGUAGAACAUAUUCUUUUUUUUAAACUCAUCAUCAUGCUCAGCUAAGAUCUAAGGCUUAGAGACAAAAUCAAGUGUACAGAAAGGGGAAUUUCAACAAAAAAAAAACAAAGCACCUUAUCAUCUUUAAUUGUAUUUAUAGAUCUUGCAUUUUCUAAUGCAUUGUUAUGUUUUCGAAACGCUUACAAAGCCGGUAAUCCCAAGGAAUAUGUGUGUGUGCAUGAAGCAAUCGUAUGACUUCUCUGAACGAUCAUUGAAAGCUAGAAUAAAUAUAAAACAAAAAGAAAGCCAAUUGCCGAUAAUUACCGAUUAGUGUUUAGGCUAAACAGAUAUUAUAUAUGUUUAACUCUAAGCUAUCUAAUGACAAAUAAAAGGAGUACUGAGCUAAA